AUGGCUAAUUAUGGCUUUGUACUUGCUCAAUUAUCUGUCAAUAAACCACGGAAGCUUAAAAAAUGGUUUCGUAUUAAUUGCAAAAUAUUUUGUUUAUUCGACAAAACUCCCCGCAAUCAAUCACCGGUCGGACCCUCUAGCAAGAUGUUUACUUUUCGGUGUUUUUUGUCCGCGGCUAUAGUGUUAAGUUUUAAUAUCCGAAACGGUAAUGGGGCUAUGAGUUACUUGCAGGAGCAUUAUCCCGCAUCAGUUAUCGAGGAUACGCAACUUGAUACAGCACAACUUUUAAAGAAGUACGGCUACCCUUCUGAGACACAUUAUGUCACCACAUCAGAUAAAUAUAUAUUGUGCAUGCAUCGCAUUGCGAGACCAAAAGCACGUCCACUGCUAUUAAUGCAUGGCUUGACUGAUAGCUCAGCCACUUGGGUAUUGCUAGGACCGUGGAGUAGUUUAGGUUACUAUCUUUAUGAUCAAGGUUAUGAUGUUUGGAUGGGUAAUGUACGAGGAAAUCGUUAUUCCCGAAACCAUACCAUUUAUAGUCCCGAUAAAGAUCGUGAUUUUUGGAGUUUUUCCUGGCAUGAAAUUGGCUACUAUGACUUGCCAGCACUAAUCGAUUAUAUUCUACAACAAACGGGCUAUAAAAAAUUGGGUUACUUUGGACACUCACAGGGAACUACAUCAUUUUGGGUGCUUUGCUCAAUGCGUCCUGAGUACAAUGAAAAAGUUAGUGUUAUGAAUGCCUUGGCACCUGUUGCUUUCAUGAAACACAUUAAGGCCCCUCUAUUGGGUUUAAUGCGUCAACUAUUAAAAAUAUCUGGUGACAUAGUACGUGAGCUACUACCUCACACUGAUAUUUUACUCACAAAUUGUUUUCGUUCGAGUGCAAUGCUUAACACUUGCCUCGAUUAUUUCCAUCAAAUUGUCGGUAAGGAGGUCAAACAGUUAAACAUGACCACAAUGCCAAUCAUAUUUGCUCACGUACCCGCUGGUUCGAAUCGAAAGCAAUGGGAGCACUACCUUCAACUUAUAGAAUCGGAUCGUUUCUGUCAGUUUGAUUAUGGCGCUAAAGAAAAUAAAAAGCGUUAUGGUAAAGCACAACCACCGGACUAUCCUUUGGAUAAAAUAACUGUGCCAGUGGGUUUGUAUUAUACAUACAACGAUUACCUUUCCAGCGAAGUCGAUGUGCAGCGUUUAGCAAAGACACUCCCCAAUGUAGCGGCAGAUGUUUUAUAUCCACAUAAGAAAUGGAACCACAUAACAAUGGUCUGGGGUAUCGAGGCUAGACAAUUGGCUCAUAAACAAAUGCUAGACAUAUUGCAAAAGUAUGAAAUUGAUUAA